AUGAAUUUGAAGGAUAUGCUAAUAGUAGUUUGCUGUGUCCUGCUCACACUACCAAUCGAACUUUGUCAACCCUUUCUAGUGAUAAAAAUGACAGCUGUAUUGCUUAUCCUACAUCAAUCCUGCUUACAGAGCUUGGCAAAAGCAGAAUUGACUUCUACUAAGUUGGAUUUCUCUCCUUCAACUAAAAGGGUUUGGGCCCAGUUUCUGGGUCGUACCAAUUCUUGUGCUGUUUGGGUCUCAUUGGAGUGUGUGUUUGCAUCUCAGUCACUUGCACUAAGUAUGUUUGUAUGCCUUCAGCUUCAAACCACAAAGAAAUAG